CCUCCUCCCUCCGGGACCGGCGCGCUGCAUGCCGCCGCCGAGGCGGAAGCGGAAGAAGAAUCAGGAAACAACCGGGCGUUGGGGGGGAGGGGCGGGGCGCCGUGACCUCUGACCCGCGCGCACGUGGCCGGCGGCGGCGCACGCGGGGCGGCGGGAAGGAGCCAUGGAGCAGCGGCCUCUUCCCGGCGCGGCGGCGCCGGAGCCGGAGGAGCCGGGCACGGAGAGCGACGACCUGACGGACAGCGAGGAGAGCGUCUACUCCGGGCUGGAGGACUCGGGGAGCGACAGCAGCGACGAGGAGGAGGACGAGGAGGAGGAGGAAGGCGGCAGCGCGGCGGAAGAGGAGCCGAGGGGCAGGCGGCCCUCGCAGGCGCACGCCAAAGGAGCUCCUAGGAAGAGCAGGAACUUAGAGGCUGAUUCAGCAUUGAAGGAAAACCAGGAUCUGCUUAUUCAGAAUGAAUAUGAGGAAGACAGCUCAGAUGAAGAGGAUAUUCGCAACACGGUGGGCAACAUCCCCAUGGAGUGGUACCAGGACUUCCCGCACAUCGGCUACAACCUGGAGGGCAAGAGGAUCUACAAGCCCAUCCGGAACAAGGACGAGCUGGACAAGUUCCUGGAGAAGAUGGAGAACCCCGAUUACUGGCGAACGGUCCAGGACAAGAUGACCGGUGCAGACAUAAAGCUGACAGAUGAACAGGUGGACCUGGUGCAGCGGCUCCAGAAAGGGCAGUUUGGGGAUGUCCACUUCGACCCCUACGAGCCGGCCAUUGACUUCUUCAGCCACGAGGUCAUGAUCCACCCUGUGACAAAUCGCCCAGCAGACAAGCGGAGCUUCAUCCCCUCCCUUAUCGAGAAGGAGAAGGUCUCCAAGCUAGUCCAUGCCAUCAAGAUGGGCUGGAUCAAGCCCCGCAAGCCCAAGGAGGACACAGCUACCUACUACGACCUCUGGGCCCACGAGGAUCCCAAAUCCAUCCUGGGCCGGCACAAGAUGCACGUCCCGGCCCCCAAGAUGAAGCUUCCUGGCCAUGAGGAGUCCUACAACCCCCCGCCCGAGUACCUGCCCAGCGAGGAGGAGAAGCUGGCCUGGGAGCAGCAGGAGCCGGCCGAGCGGAAGCUGAACUUCGUGCCCCAGCAGUACCGGUGCCUGCGGGCAGUGCCCGCCUACUCGCGCUUCAUCCACGAGCGCUUCGAGCGCUGCCUGGACCUCUACCUCUGCCCGCGCCAGAGGAAGAUGCGGGUGAACGUGGACCCCGAGGACCUGAUCCCCAAGCUGCCGAAGCCACGGGACCUGCAGCCGUUCCCCACCACCCAGGCCCUGGUCUACCGGGGACACACCAGCCUGGUGCGGUGCCUCGGCGUCUCCCCCAGCGGGCAGUGGCUGGUGUCAGGCUCUGACGACUGCACGGUGCGCUUCUGGGAGGUGAGCACGGCUCGCUGCAUGAAAACCCUGCCCGUGGCCGGCGUGGUGAAGAGCGUCGCCUGGAACCCCAACCCCACCGUCUGCCUGGUGGCCAUCGCCGUGGAGCAAUCAGUGCUGCUGGUGAACCCCAGCCUCGGGGACAAGCUGCUCUACGGGGCCACCGACCAGCUGCUCGACUCCUACGUGGCGCCGGAGGAGGAGCGGGUGCAGCCCACCCAGUGGGUUGCAGCCACCGCCGAGGAGCACGGCAAGGGCGUCCGGCUGGUCGUCCAGCACAGCCGGCCCGUGAAGCAGGUGACCUGGCACGGCAAAGGCGACUACUUCGCCACCGUCCUGGCUGACAACAGCAACAUGCAAGUGCUGAUCCACCAGACCAGCAAGCGCUGGAGCCAGAACCCCUUCCGCAAGAGCAAGGGGCUGGUGCAGUGCGUGCUCUUCCACCCCAUCCGGCCCUACUUCUUCGUGGCCACGCAGCGCUACGUCCGCGUCUACAACCUCCUCAAGCAGGAGCUCACCAAGAAGCUGAUGACGAACUGCAAGUGGGUGUCCAGCAUGGCCAUCCACCCUGGAGGUGACAACAUCAUCUGCGGCAGCUACGACAGCAAGCUGGCCUGGUUCGACUUGGACCUCUCCACCAGACCCUACCAGCUGCUGCGGCAUCACAAGAAGGCGCUGAGGAGCGUGGCCUUCCACAAGCACUACCCGCUCUUCGCCUCGGGCUCCGACGACGGCAGUGUCAUCGUGUGCCACGGCAUGGUCUACAACGACCUGCUGCAGAACCCGCUGCUGGUGCCCGUGAAGGUGCUCAAGGGCCACGCGCUGACCUGGGACCUGGGCGUCCUCGACGUGCUCUUCCACCCCACCCAGCCCUGGGUCUUCUCGUCGGGUGCCGACGGCACCGUCCGGCUCUUCACGUAGCUGCCGCCCGGCGCCGGUGCAUCGCCGCGACGCGGGCUCCCUGCGGGCGGGGGCAGCGCCGGCCCCCCCCCCCCAACGCGCUCUGGCCGCAGCCGCUCCGACGGGGGCCUGCGCGGGCACCGGGGCGCUGCACACGGACUCCUGGGGAAUCGCUCAUUAAACCUGUUUGGAUACA